UGCAUUACCAGCCGUGGUGACCGGGAGGAGAGGAGUGAGGCAUGCAGCAGCCACUCACUCACUCAUCUAGUCAAUUGUUUGUCCUCUAGCUCACUGCUGAUUGUAGGAUUUCUGCGAUUCUUCUGUGAGACACGAUUCUCGCGGAAAAGCCUUUUUUUUCGAAGACAUUCCUGGUUGAUUUGAAAAGAAGAUUCCUGCUUUUCAAACUUUCUUUCCAUAUUUCUGAGCUUCCUAUGUGAUAUACUGAUCCCACUUUGGCUGGCGUUGUAUGCGAGUACUGGAGUGGUAAGGAUUGGCUUGCUGUUGUGCCUUUGCUGCCAAAGUUUGGAGAAGGGAGCUCUGUACGAAAUUUGACUUGAGUGGAGCUCAAAAGGGGGAGGAACCCCAGAAGAUGGUUUGACUUGGAAGAGAGCGCAGUCUUCUCCAGUGCAAAGAGAGAGUGGUUUUUCAAAAAGAGAAGGGAGUCUGAUGUGGGACAACAGCACAAGCUGUUGGAUUUGAGGGUUAUAUUCUUGGACAAAACGUUUUUUUGAGGGCGAAAGAAGUAUUUUGUCUCAGGAAAGCAUCUUUUUGCAGUUUUACAACAUGGCUGGGAUGUAUGGAUGCUUCAAGAGCAGGAACAGUGACAGCGCUGCCAUGGCAUCAGGACCUCCAGAUGUGAUGGCCAAUCAGGAGCCUGCUGACGUCGUGGAAGAGUGCUCAGGGAAGAAAAAGUCCAAGUUCCAGACAUUUAAAAAGUUCUUCGCUAGGAAGAAGAGAAAGGAGCCGCCAGCCGCAGGAGCAGGAGCAGAUGCGGGGCUUAAAGGCAGCCAGUCCACCGACAAUGUCAGCAAAACAUCCGAAAAUAACACGCUCACUCGAUCAGAGAAGGAAAAGGGCUCUGGGUCAAAGAUCAGUCUGGGCAGCAAGGCCUUGUCACAUGACUCCGUCUUUGUGUCGGACCUGUCGGAGGCCAACGAGGCUCUGGGGGCGUCUCAGGACAGCAUCCAUGGAAAAGUGAAAUCCCUACAGCUCCAGCUGAAGCAGGCCAUCAGACUGGGCUCUCCUCCGUCCCUCAUGUGUGUGAAGAGAACAGACGAUGCUGGAACCAUGUCCGAGGACGACGGCCUGCCCUGUAGUCCGCCUGAAUACACAACACACACAGUCACGAAUGAGACUCAGAGGAACAGCUCCAUCAGUCUGGAGGGGAUAGACAGUGAUGAUGAUCAGUUGUCCUGCGCCACCUCCAGCAGAGCAGUGAGCCCCCUGGUGGUCCCGGGGGACUUCAGCCAGCCGGCCAGUCCCUUCGGCUGCCUGGAUAACUCUGCUGCCAAACACAAGCUGGGCCUGAGACACAAAGCCUGCAACAGGAGGAAACCUGUGACUAAGCUGGAGAUGAAACCAGAGGGAGACUCUGUGGUGGAGGACACACUGAACUCAUCCAGAACAGAAGCUUCAGAGCAACAGGAGACAAAAGAAGUUGUAGAUGGUGAUGAGCUGCAACCAAAGGUGGAGAGGGAAGAAGAAGAAGAGGAAAAGGAAGAUGAGGAGGUGGAGGAGGAGGAGCCACAGCUUUCCAGACGCUCCCUGUCAGGAGACGAGGAGGUCAGGGAGGAGGAGGAGGCAGAGGAGGAGUCUGAAGCUGAACAGGAUGUUUCUCACCCGGACUCUUCCUCUGCUCCUGAGCCGUGUCUCUCAGGGGAGGACGCCCUUGACGCCCAGCCCCUGUCCUCCUCCAAACCCAGCUCCAGAGCCUCCUCUCUGGACAGUCCCAGAGCCACACCAGAGCCCCCUGCUGCUCCCAGAGAGUACCUGCUGGACCCUCCAGGCACCUCCUACGGAGUGGAGGACAAGAGCGUUGAAAGCGACUUGGCACUGAGCGGAGAAGAAGAAGAAGAUGGAGUCCAGGAGAACAGGGAGGAGGAGGAGAGCUCCUUCUUACAGGAGGUGCUGAGCUCCUUGAAGACUCCACUGGCGUCCUGCUCGCUCAGCAUGAAGACUGAGGGCAUGGUGCUGGAGAUAGAGGAGGAGGAGGAGGAGGAGGUGGUGGUGGUGGAGGAGGAGAAGGAGGAAAGAGAAGAGGUCGAGAUAGAGGAAGGAGAGGAGGUGAAGGAGGAGGAGGAGGAGGCAGAGGUAGAGGAGCCUGUUGGUGAUCAGGCUGCUCCUGCUGCCUCCCUCUCGUCAGAUCCCACCACAGAGGAAGAAGAAGCCACUUUGAGGGCUCCUUCUUCUGAAGAUGCUGAAGAAGAGCAGAAAGUUGAGGAAGUAGAAGAAGAGGAAGCAGCGGAGGAGGAAGAAGAACGAGUGAUAGAACAAGUCAGUCAACAUGGUCAAGAAGAAGAAGAGGAGAAAGAAGUGGAAGAGGAAGUCACCCACCAGGAACAAAUUGAUGUGCCUGCAGAAAACACUGUCCAGGCAGAGGAAGAGAGGAGAGAAGAAGAGAGAGAGGGAGAGGAUGAGGCCAUAGAGCUGGAGAAAGAGCCAGAGGUGGAGGAGGAGGGACGGGAGAAGAGUGAAGAGGAGGAUGGAGAGAAAGAGAGAGUAGAGGAGGCAGAGGAGGCGGUAGAAGAGGAGAGAGAUGAUGCAGAAGAGAUGACGGAGAUGUUUCCUGAUGCAGGAGAGGAAGAAGUGGCCGUGCAGGAGGAAGAGGAGGCUGGAGAUGACACACGUGAGGAUGAAGCAGAGCUGGAUCAUCAGGUAUGUGCUACAGUGCAUGAGAGUCAAGCAGGCUUCAAUCAGAGCUUUGAAGACAAGAGGGAAGAUGGAGAAGAGAAGGUGGAGGAUGACGUAGAGAUGGAGCACACAGAAGAGAAAUCAGAGCAAGAGGAAGAGAGUAAAGCAGAUCUGCAGCAGGAAUGUGUGGAAACAGCCAAACCAGACAUGAAUCAAGUGGAAAAAGAUCCAAGUGAAGCCACAGAACAAGCUCCUGUUUCUUCCAAGCCGCCUUCUUUGUCUCUUCCAGAGUCACACGAUGAGACUCAGGCACGAGAGAGUGGAACCAUCACUCCCAGUAAGACCAGCUUCAUCCACAUCAACCUGCUCUCUCCGAGCUCAGAGAAAGCCACGCCUUUCUUUCAACAGUCCCCAACCGCUGCACACCCCAAAGAAAGUGAGACAGAGCAAAAAACAGCAUCAGCAGAGGAAGAACCAGCUGAGGAGACGGUAGAAGAAGAAGAAGAUGCUACAGCUGCUGUCUCGGUAAAAGAAGAGGACAACAAGCCGUCCGCUGGCUCAGAUCAGAGCAAAGCCCGCUUCACCAUCGCUGCAGCCUGGCAGAGGUCUCUGUCUGCCGGGGAUGGAGAAGUUGGUUCCACCCCUCCCUCCUCUCCGUCUGCCUGCAUCUCAACUACUUCGUCGGGCCCUGUUGAAGUGGAAGCGGAGGCUGAGAAGGAUCCGGAGGUGAAAGCAGAGCCGGCGAGUCCAGCAGCUAAGGUUGAAGUGGUGAUGAGCCCUGGGAAAGUGAGGAACGCAGGGACGAGCUCUCCCACAUCACCACCAUCCAUCAGAGCUCUGAGCUCACCUGCUGCCAGCACAGAAGAGAGCUCCGUGGUAGCGGAGGGAAACCCCGAAAAUCCGUUUGGAGUUCGGCUGAGGAAAACUUCAACUCUGCAGCGCUUCAGCUUGGAGGAAGAAACCACAGAGCCUACCACCGAGCCUCCAGCUCAGCCAACCAGCUGUAAAGUCGACUCACCGCAGCCAAUCAGCAUGAAGCCCUCCAUAAGUCAGCCAAUCAGCAACAAGCCUGCCCUCCCUAAGAAACCUGACGUACACGGAGACGGUGGAGGGAAAACCAAGCGCAUGUCAGACCCAGCUGCAGCUCGUGCUGUUUCUCCUGGAUCAGGUUCUCCCAGCUGGAUCUCUGUAGCCAAACAGAAACAGAAGAUCUAUAAAGAAAACUCACUGGAUGAGAUUACUGUCAGGAAGGAGGAACAAGAGAGGAAGAGUUCACUGCCAAUGUACGUCAGCUCAGCUGUGAGCAGGGAGCACGGCAACAAAGCAGCUGAGUCCACCGGCAAAGUGAGUCCGCUGGAGACCAGUAAGCCUUCAGCGUCUGUAGAAAAGGAGACCAGGAGAGCUCUCUCUCCUCCAACUCCGGUACCACCUCAGCCUCCUAAGUCCCAGUCGCUGCCCUGUCCUGUCCCUCCAAAACCCCACCUCCCCGCUGCCACCGCCAAACCCCCAGCCCAACCUCACGCACCCCAACGAUCCCUCUCACCCCCCGUUUCCCAAAAAUCCCCCUCUUGCACAAGCCCGCCUCCUCCCUCCAAAACUGCAGAGUCAUCUAAGGCACCCCAGACCCAGAGCACGACACUUACCUCCCCUCCUAUUUCAUCGAGAACCGCCGCCCCAGAGAAGUCCGGUUCGAGAGCUGCGGGAGUUCCCGGCCCGACCCCGGCCUCCCAGCGGGGCCUGCCUCCACAAGCGUUGCCCCAGGAUGAGCCUCCCUGGAUGGCCCUGGCCAAGAAGAAGGCCAAAGCCUGGAGCGAGAUGCCCCAGAUCGUCCAGUGACGGGCACAGCUUUCAGUCAUGUACAGAGGCCCGGGCGGGUCGGAUCUGAAAGGGGUCUGGAUGGACCAAAAUGCAUUUGCACACAAAGAGUUGUUUGUCGUUUUCUAUCUUUCUGGCUUACGUCUUCAGAUUGGUCCAAACCCUCCAAUCACAGCUAAAGACGCUUUAACUCCUUCUUUCUAUAUGUUGUACAUUCAUGUUUUCUAAAUGAGAGGAUAGGACCCCAAACAUUAA